AACACGUGAUGCAAACACUGUGCGCCAACACCGUCGCUUGAUUUCUGACGUAAGCAUACGGCUUGCAACCAACGCAAGCUUUUCGUAAAGAUUCAUAGCUCAACUGGAUUUUGCUCUUUUGUUGACCUAAAACGACAUUUUACGACGGAGAACGUCUAAUUUCCCUCACAAAAGACAACCCUUUUUAAGCCUGGGAAUCGACAACAAGAGUCAAGAUGUCGUACAUGCUACCACAUCUCCACAAUGGCUGGCAGGUAGAUCAAGCCAUCCUCUCUGAGGAGGACCGAGUACUUGUGAUCCGCUUCGGACACGACUGGGACCCAACAUGUAUGAAAAUGGACGAGGUCCUCUACAGCAUCGCAGAGAAAGUAAAGAACUUUGCAGUCAUCUACCUGGUGGACAUCACAGAAGUACCUGACUUCAACAAGAUGUACGAGUUGUACGACCCCUGCACCGUCAUGUUUUUUUUCAGGAACAAACACAUCAUGAUUGAUUUGGGAACUGGAAACAACAACAAGAUAAACUGGACAAUGGAGGACAAGCAGGAGAUGAUUGACAUUGUUGAAACAGUAUACAGAGGUGCAAGAAAAGGAAGAGGUUUGGUGGUGUCUCCAAAGGAUUAUUCUACAAAAUACAGAUAUUGAUUUUUUUUUUUUCUCCCGGACAUUUUCCUUUUUUUGUGUGUCAUG